AGCUGAAGCUUAUGCCUUAGCCCUAUCAGCAAAAAAUGCUAAUGCUGGCUCAUCACGUCUCACUCAUCUUCGUAGAGAAUUAAGGAACCUUAAUGCAUCACUUGAGAUAAUCGAGGCUACAAAAUUUCCAGAUAUUACAGAAGAUGCCAACAAAAUCCAGAGUGUCAAUCGGAAAAAGGCUGAAACUAAACAUAUCAAUUAUCCAGAUAAAUUUACAUUAGAAUCAGUCAAAGAAAGAUUAGAUGCAUAUGAUAUUAAAACUUUACUUGAUUAUCAGGCUCUUGCUGAUGUUAUGGUGAUACUUUGUAUUCGUCCUGCUGAACUUAAAACUUUACACAUUACAGAUACUAGACAUGCUAUAUCAUCUGGACGAAUGGGUGAUCCAGGUAAGCCAGGAGUUAAAUGGUUCAAUAGAUUUUUAAAAGAUUAUGAUUUAAUUCCUAAAUAUUUACGUAAAUUAGGAGCAGUUUACGGUGCAGUCGCACAUGAGACUAAGAAUAUGGCACACGCUUAUACAAUUGCUGGAGAAUGUCUACAUCAUUCAUCUGAUAAUCAUACUUCUCCUGUGCAAAAUUAUGUUGUAGUCAAUUAUAGAAAAAGAUGA